AUGAGCGUAAUCGUUAAUUACGCUGACCAUAACGAGGCUCUCAGGGUGGAAGUGGUUCAGCUCUGUUUCUCAAUUGUGAAACCCGAAAAUAAACUUCUAAUUGACGUACGUUUAAAGCUUAAAUGUUAA